AUGGACCUGGUGCGGAAAUUCAAGCGACGAUUGCGCAGCAUUGGCGGCGCGAGUGGAAUCACCGCGACAGCCGGCGCGGGUGGGAGCUCCGCGGAAUGCGCGGGUGACUGGCCGUCUGGCGUCAUCAGCAAGUCCUUUUCCGUUGAAUGUGGCGCUCCUCACGCUGGUCCAAACCCGUUGCUAGGAGCAACGAACUCACAUGCUCGUCCAAUCCCAAAAAAUCACAGCAUCAACACUAGUGAUAGCCGUCUACAGGGGAAGGAGCUCCAGCUCGAUGCUUCUGGCGUGACAAUUUCGGAAGAGGAGGACCGGCGGCAACGGUCUUCAAGGCCGCCGAGGCGAACGCAGCGCGCGGUAUCGCAGCAUGAACGGGACGCUGGAGCCGGAAAAUCAGGCCAGCGUUGCCGCGCCGACGAAUGCGCCGGCGGCGCCGGCGAAUCCGGCGCGGAUCACUCGCGGGGAUCGAGGAGCGACGUGGAAGACUGCGGGUCGGACGAAAUCAAGGGUGAUGAUUUGCAGCGGCGGCACACGUGGCAGGUUCAGACGCAGCGUCACGCGUCCGACAUCGCCGCUGCAGCGGCCUUGCCAGAGUCUGCCAAAGCUUUCGCAAACAACCGCCACUCUAGUAGUAACCGUAACGAAGAGUUUUCUUAUGAGUUCGCGCAAUCUGCGAGCUUCGCGGCGUUGGGGUCUCUGCCAGGGACCGGUGCAGCGGGCCUGCCGCCGCGUCUCACGGAAGCGCAGCUGCUGCUGAUACAGGCGGCGCAGCAUGCAAGCAGCAGCGGAAUGGCGAUCGAUUGGGCACGUCAACAGCAGCAGCAGCACCGGAAAGUGACCGACUGGCUGGGAACGCUCUCUGACCAACUUGAAGUCGACGCACUCACCGAAACCCCGUUCGCUAGCGCGGAACUGCCACACGAAGCGAGUGCGUCUAUAGCGAAUCAUGAGACUGCCGCGGCACUGCUAGCAGCGGGUCGCGUGCCUCGCGUCGCCGCAUGCGUUUCGCCUUCUGAUUCCGACGGGCGCGCCGCGUCGCUCAACCCGCCGGCCGACGGAGACAUGGUGGUGACGGUCAACCGGCAACUAAAGCUGGAGUGCGCCGGCAGUCCGUCGGGAACGCCGAGUCCCGGGGUGCCAAGCCCGCGCGGCGUGAUAAUGCGGGGCAGCGGUGGCACGGGAAGCAGCGGGGACGGGGAAGAGGCGGAAAACGACCGCCAGCGGAAGGCGAGCGGACGGAGAGAUUGCGAGGCUACCAAAGCGGAAGCGACGGAUGAUUGGGUCCCUGGUUGUGAGCGGACGGCACGGCGAGACUGCAAGGGGAGCUGCAGCGACGGGGACGGCAGCGAGUGCGGCGGCGACCUCGAGGGCGGUUCGCGCGGCGGCAAAUGGAGCGCGGAUGACGCGGCCACAGCGUGCGUAUCGAAGCAUCCGGGAGCGAGCGACAAUGCGUUGUUGACAAGCGUGCGCGUCGCGUUUAAUCAGCUCGUGGCGACCCGCCAGUCGGAGCAGGUGCGGGGGGCAAGGGCGCUUCGGGACCUGGCGCGGGAGAGCGACGCGGUGCGGAGCUCAAUCGUGGCCGUCGGCGCCAUCCCCGCGCUCGUCUCCAUCGUGAAUCUCGCCGCGUCCGCUCCUCACGCCGCCGCCACCGGCGACACCACCGUCGCGUCGCUUAUCCUCGACGGCGAUGGCGGCGCGGCGGCAACGGAAACUGGCGCGCCGCUCGUCGGUACUAGGCUUGGAUCCGCUUCGUGCGAGGAGGGCGGAAUUGAAGCGGCAGCGCAGGGAGGCCGCGAGCGCGCCUUGACUAGCCCGUUAGUGGACUACUCGAUAUCGUGCCUGGUGAAUCUGAGCAUCACUCGCGAUAUGAAGGCCACCAUCUGCCAGGCGGGCGCCGUCCCCCCGCUCAUCCGCCUCAUGUGCUCCGCGCGCGCGCCCUCGUGCGCGCCCGCGUGCGCCUGCUGCGCGCCCACGUCCGCGUCCACGCGCGCGAACGCGGCAGUGGCGCUGCUGUCGCUGUCAAAGCUGAGUGACGCUACGAGGCUGCACAUGGCUUACUCAGGAGGCGUCGAGGCGCUCGUCCACUUCCUCUCUGAUACUCCUUCUGACGCUCCUGACUGCCCUGCUGCCGCUGCUGGUGCGCCUGCUACUGGUGGGCUGCAGGGCAGUGGCAGCAGCAAGAGUUGCAAGGGGCGGAGGGAGGCGGCAGCAGCGCUGCAGAGCCUAGCGUCAGUGCCAGCAGUGCGGCCACGGCUGGUGCACGCAGGAGCCGUGCCGCUGCUGCUGGAACUGGUUGGCCAUGCUGCGGCCUCUCACCUCACAUGCAGCAGCAGAUUCCGCGGUGCAGAGAGGAGGACAGAGCGGACGAGCCGCACGGAGGACGAUGCAGUGGCUACUGCCGAGCGGGCGCUGGCAGUGCUGGCGUUGCUCGCGGAGAGCGAGGAGGGCAGGGCGGAGGUGCAGCGGAGAGGGGGGAUGGAGAUGCUGGUGGGGGUGGUGCGUGCGGGUGGGCCCUCAGGGACGUGUGUGGAGCGGGCGAUAUCAGGGCUGACAGCCAUGGUGGGAGGGAGCCUGAAUUGCAGAUGGGAGGUGGCAAGGAUUGGUGUGGAAGGGGCAGUGAAGGAGGUGGCUAUCCAUGGAAGCGGGAAAGCCAAGGUUAAGCAUGUUUCUGUUGUUGGUGGCCGACUCACCUCAGAUUUCCCGUCCCUCCCGUCGCCCAACACCCUCCGUCCCUUCCGUCCCGCGCCUCGCUCCUGUCCUUCUCCUCCCUCCCGUCCAUCCCUUACCUCUCUGCCGCUCGUCAUCCGUCCCUCACUCGAUCCGUCGCGCACUCCCUCCGUCGCUCGAACAAACCCACCGCCCAAACAGGGCAAUCGCCUUGCGUCAGCUGAUGACCUAGGUCCAGUCGCUCACACACUCCCGUUCCGCACACUCUCUCUCGCCGCUCACGCACUCCCGUCCCUGAAUGCGUCCUGUCGCUCACACACUCUCUUCCCGCGCUCACUCAUUCCGUCGCUCGCUCACCUUGUAGCGCGCAGCACUCCCCGCCUGUCUUCACACCACGGUUUCAGUUCCCCUGCCUGGACCGCAUCCUUUCAUUUCCGCAUGCAGUCACAUCAAUGGCUCUGCCAUCUGUUCGUCGUCGCGCUUCUCCGCGUCUUCCGCCUCCUAUCCUCCUUUCCAUGUCAGCACCUCUCCUCCUUUCCCUCUCAGCCCCUCUCCUCCUUUCCCUCUCAGUCCCUCUCCUGCUUUCCCUCUCAGCCCCUCUCCUCCUUACCCUCUCAGCCCCUCUCCUCCUUUCCCUCUCAGCCCCUCUCCUCCUUUCCCUCUCAGCCCCACUCCUCCUUUCCCUGUCAGCCCCACUCCUCCUUUCCCUCUCAGCCCCUCUCCUCCUUUCCCUCUCAGCCCCUCUCCUCCUUUCCCUCUCAGUCCCUCUCCUCGUUUCCCUCUCAGCACCUCUCCUCCUUUCCCUCUCAGCCCCUCUCCUCCUUUCCCUCUCAGUCCCUCUCCUGCUUUCCCUCUCAGCCCCUCUCCUCCUUUCCCUCUCAGCUCCUAUCCUCCUUUCCCUCUCAGCCCCUCUCCUCCUUUCCCUCUCAGUCCUUCUCCUCCUUUCCCUCUCAGUCCCUCUCCUCCUUUUCCUCUCAGCCCCUCUCCUCCUUUCCCUCUCAGCCCCACUCCUCCUUUCCCUGUCAGCCCCACUCCUCCUUUCCCUCUCAGCCCCUCUCCUCCUUUCCCUCUCAGCCCCACUCCUCCUUUCCCUCUCAGCCCCUCUCCUACUUUCCCUCUCAGCCCCUCUCCUCCUUUCCCUCUCAAUCCCUCUCUUCCUUUCCCUCUCAGCCCCUCUCCUCCUUACCCUCUCAGCCCCUCUCCUCCUUUCCGUCUCAGCCCCUCUCCUCCUUACCCUCUCAGCCCCUCUCCUCCUUUCCGUCUCAGCCCCUCUCCUCCUUUCCCUCUCAGCCCCUCAUCUCUUUCCCCUCUCAAAACGGUGCUGGCUGCCAUGGGGAACCCUGCCGCCCGCGCCCUGCGCGUCGCCUUACAGAAACACGGCCAGCCGGACAUCACAUAUGCCAGCUGGCAGCCACACUGACACGUGAAUUGGCGCCCGGCUCAUUCACCCGUUUUUCCCCUUGUCCCUCCCUCACUUUGCCCUUGCCCUGCCCUCCGUUUUUCCCCUUGUCCCUCCCUCACUUUCCCCUUGUCCUGCCCUCCGUUUCCCCCCAUGUUUCUCCCACCCUUUUCCCCCUUGUCUUCCCCUCCGCUUCCCCUUCUCCCGUUCAUCCUUCCGCUCUCGUCGCUCUCGUCGCUAUCGUGUCUCUUGUCGCUCUCAUCAUUCUGAUUAUGCUGUUUUACCCUCCGUCCCUAUGCGGUGUCCCCCCUUCCCUCAAUCUGCUUUCCCCCUUCACCCCGCCCUCCCUUUCCCUCUUUUCCUACGCGCAGCUUCCCCCCUUCCAUGCGCGCUCGCAUUCCCCUUCCUGA